AUGUCAAAAUCAACACCAGAAACAAACUCAUUUGAAGAUGAAAAUAACUCAUUAUCAGGCACGAUCGAUACAGAAUGGAUGAAGAAUCGACCAGCCUAUGAAAAUUCUGGCUAUUACUUGCCUUUAAUCAGCGAAGAAGAGGAAAUUCCGUUUGAAGAAGAAACGUUUGACUUGGUUUACAUUCGAUCCACAAUACGUUUCGUUAAUUCCAAUAGUUGGAAAGGAUUAUUUAAAGAAAUAAACAAAGUUCUAAAGAAAGGUGGAUGGAUGGAAAUAGUAGAUUCAGAUAUAAAUACAAGUCGUUCGGGUCCAAAAUGGAAUGCUAUCGGUGAAGCCUGGAAUGAAGUUCAAUUAGCCAAUAAUAUCAAUCCAGAUGCAUUUAAACACCUUGAUAAAACAAUCAAAGAUUGUGGAUUUGCUGUAUCAAAUGUUAAAAAAUUUUCGACACCUAUUGGAAGUUGGGGCGGAAUGUUGGGAGAAUUUGUGAUCAAUACAUGUAAACGCUGGUUUACGUUGGUGAGUGAUAUAUUGAUGGAGAAACUUAAACUUGAAACUCGAGAAGAAUACGACAAAUUUAUCGAAAGCGUGGAAACAGAAGUUAACGAAUACCAAACUCAUUGUGAUUUAAUAGUAUUUUGGUCGCAAAAAAGUUUCUAA